UGGGUUAUACUUCAAUCAUGGGUCAAAAACUAUGAAAGAUCAUACCCAGCCGAAACAUUGUCAUCACCUUUGGUCUUAUUCGGAAACACAACCUAACAGAUAGUGAUGGGGUUGGAGGCGGUAGCCGACAUGGGGUUGAUGGAGGUGGGGACAAGAAAGAGAUAGGAAAGAGGUGUCAAUGGAGGCGAUAAUGUUUAAGAGUAGAGAAGGAAAAAUUAGAGUUUUAGAAGGGUAAAGAUAUAAAUCACUUAAUCAACAAAAGGUCAGAGGAUCACGAUGGAACACCUACAGAAGCUCAAUUAGAAGAAUAUCUCGGCUUUGAGCAUGAAGAGGUUGAUAAAGUAUGGUUCAAAAUGGGUUUUUGUCCACUUUGGAUGAGAAACUGCCUACCUCUACUGAUGAGGAUGAGGCUACGACCCUUCAAAUAAGAGAUGAAUGCGAGGCAAAGUCUUCAGCCAAGAAGAUAUUCCUGAAUGUGGCUGGGGAAGGGUCCAAAUACAUCUACUUAGUGGAUCUGAAGCGCUUUAUGAAGGAUGAAAGUGUUCUGAAGACCAUGCAGCUCAUUAAAGGUGCAAUUAUCUCACUAAAUGGAUGGUUGAUGCAUUUAAAGAAAGAAGGUCUCUUGCAUUGUCUCUUGAUGAUACAAAAACAGCAGCAGACGAACUCCACACAAUACUGAGCGUCCUUGUAACCAUUGUUAUCGUG